GAGACAGAGUGUGAGUGGGGGAGGGGCAGAGAGAGAGGGAGGCACGGAAUCCAAAGCAGGAUCCAGGCUCUGAGCUGUCAGCACAGAGCCCGAGGUGGGGCUUGAACUUGUGAGCUGUGAGAUCAUGGCCUGAGCUAAAGUCAGAUGCUCAACUGACUGAGCUACCCAGGCACCCCUGUGUUUAUUUUCGAUAGAGAGACAGAGUGUGAGCAGGGGAGAGGGGAGGGGCAGAGAGAGAAAUACACACAUAGAAUCUGAAGCAGGCACCAGGCUCUGAGCUGUCAGCACAGAGCCCGACACGAGGCUCAAACCUGCGAACUGUGAGAUUAUGACCUGAGCCGAAGUUGGGCGCUCAACUGACUGAGCCACCCAGGCGCCCCAAACCUGUUACUUAUCUCUUUAUAUGUGUAUUGCUUUAAAAAGCCUGAGUCUGUACCACUGUCUUCCCUCAUUUAAUUUUUAUGAAAUCGAGGUUAAGGUGUUACUAAUAUUUGACACCUGCUAUGCCUAAUGAAUGUGGAGUUGCAAAGUGGACAGCAGGUGUUGGUCCUUCAUGUUCUGGAAAAGAACUAGGGAAUCAAGAGGUCCUUCUGACCAGAGCUUUAGAGCAAUGAUUUAUAAUGGCAAACUAAUGGUUUGUACGUGCAUGUGUGUUCUUUUCCCCCUUUCCUUUGGGUUUAUAGGCAUUCAUAUUUGAAUUUCAAAGAACUUGCUUUAAGAAAUUCUUGAGAUUAUUGAUGUUGUAAAAUUACCAUGGGGGAUUCUUGGUCUCUAGAGACACAAACGCAUAAUUAGACAGUAUGGAGAAGGAAAGGAGGAAGAGUCGUGGCCUGGGUUAUGGACGUGGAUCUUUCCAUAAGUAGCUCCAUGACGUUGAGAUGUGUUGACUGCUUCAUAAAAAGGAAAGGUUGGGGGCACCCGGGACUGUCCAAUUCUUGGUUUUGGCUCAGGUCUUGAUACCACAGUUUGGUUCGUGAGAUAGAGCCCUGAGUCGGGCUCUGCACCGACAGCAUGGAGCCUGCCUGGGAUUCUCUCUCCCCCAUCUCUGCACCCCACCCACAUGCACACACGCGCAUUUUCUCUCUCAAAAUAAAUAAACAAACAUUAAAAAAAAAAAAAAAAAAAAAAAGGAAUGACCGCAUGCCUAAAAUCUCUUCCUGCUCGUUUUCUGUGAUCCAUUGUUUUUCACUUUUCUAUAAUCUUCAUCUGUAGAAUGGGUACCACUGCUUGUAUUUGUUAAUUUUUAUACAACACUUUGCAGUUGUGAUAUACUGUAUGUCACUUGGAGAGUGGCAAAGAAUAUGUUUCCUUUAAAAAUGUCACUGCUGGAGGGGUGCCUAUGUGGUUCAGUCUGUUAAGUGUCCGACUUUGGCUUAGGUCACGAUCUCACAGUUGGUGAGUUUGAAGAAUCCUCUCUCUCUGCCCUCCCCCCGCCCCUUGUGCUCUCUUUGUCUGUCAAAAAUAAACAUUAAAGAAAAAAAAAGUCACUGCUGAGGCACCUGGCUGGCUCAGUAGAGCAUGCGACUCCUGAUCUCAGGGUAAUGAGUUUAAGCCCCAUGUUGGCCAUAGAGCUUACUUCAAAAAAAAAAAAAAAAAAAGUCACUGCUUACUGUAAAUGAUUCACAUGUGCUUUGAUUAAGUAUGUCUGUGGGUAGGGAUUAUUAAACAAUUCUGUUUUCAUUGAGUGAUACUGUAGUCUACGUGUCAAGUAUUAGGGUAAAAACUGCUCUACUGUAUUGAAAACAAAGGAAGUAAAGUUUUCAAAGAUGUUCAGAGAAGAGAAGAACAUUGGAAGCAUGAAAUGCCAAAGAUACUGCAUAAAGCCAUAUUAAAUUUAGCUUAAUAAUACUUACUGAGAAGCCCCUCCCACUAUGUCCUAGGCACUGUUGAUGGCACGUUGAAGAAGCAUACAGCCCAGAAGGGGAGAUAGCAUGUUUUUUUAAAUAGAUAGUUGCAUGAGGAUUUUGCAGAGGGCCACUGGACUCUUUGCAUGUUUCUGUACCAUUUAUGGGGAAAUUACAUGUUGUCUUUGACUUCACAAAGUUUUCAAGUUCAGGUGCCAUUGUCAUCCUUAAGGUUGUGAUUCAUUUGUUUUUCUCCUCCAGCCUCCUGUGAUUAGGUAGUCUGCCUUUGGAAUGACAGGGUUCUUUCUGGUAGCUUCUCUGACAUGUGGAUAGUGGUUUCAUCUGCCUCCAAACUGAAAACAGGAAAGGUGGAAGUUGUGAUCAGCAGAGAGGAGAAAGAAACUCGCGGCCUCUACCAUAAACGCACAUGCAUUGAGAGUAAGCAUGAGGUUACGAUCCUGGGAGGACUCAAUGAAUUUGUAGUGAAGUUUUACGGACCACAAGGAACACCAUAUGAAGGUGGAGUAUGGAAAGUUAGAGUGGAUCUUCCUGAUAAAUACCCUUUCAAAUCUCCAUCUAUAGAUCUUACCAAUAUAUUUGAGUCCUUCCUGCCCCAGUUGUUGGCCUAUCCCAACCCCAUAGAUCCUCUCAAUGGUGAUGCUGCAGCCAUGUACCUCCAUCGACCAGAAGAAUACAAGCAGAAAAUUAAAGAGUACAUCCAGAAAUACGCGACGGAGGAGGCACUGAAAGAGCAGGAAGAGGGCACCGGUGACAGCUCGUCGGAGAGUUCUAUGUCUGACUUUUCGGAAGAUGAGGCCCAGGAUAUGGAGUUGUAGUAGAAAAAGCACCUGCUUUUCAGAAAGACUAUUAUUUCCUAACCAUGAGAAGCAGACUAUAAUAUUCAUAUUUAAACAAAGCAAUUUUUUUUAUUACUAAACAAGGUUUUUAUGAAUAAUAGCAUUGAUAUAUAUAUAUUAUAUAUCACCCUUUAGAUCUUGAUUUCCUGGUCAUUUCUCAACCUGAGGUGCAUAGCAUAUCCCCACAUUCCAUUUUGGUAGCAAUAUGCGGUCCGAAUGCAUGCAUUCAUAAGUCCAUUUGGCCAAGUCAGCCUGUGUGCUACUGAACUGUCGAAAGAAACAGCCGCUCUGAUAGAUAGACGUGAGUAAAAAUAACAGGAAAAAGUGGCUUCUUUUAUUGAUGGUUCCAAAGAAACAAACCAAACCAACCAGCUCUUGGACGUGAAGAUAGAAUAUAGCGCCUUUUCAAAACGGUCGGGAGGAACUGGGCGGGGAGGAAGGCCUGCACCUGCUGUGGGAUCACCUAGAGCCGCCACGGCAGAUCCCCAACCGCUCCUUCCCGGGAAGCCUUGGUGGCCCCGUUUCCGCGGAGUAACAGUUUAAAACAGGGAGCUAAUUGGAGUAUUGAAACCUAACAACAAUUUUUUGACUCUGGAUUUUAAGUACCUUUUUAUAUGUAGAUUCCUGCCCUUCUCGCUACCAGGCCCCGCAGCCGCAAGUGUUUUUGCUUUGGAGAACCUUUUGGAAGUGUUUUCUGAACCUGAUUCUUUUUCUUGGGGGUAGAGCUUAUAAUCCAUACCUUUUUGAGAGGACAGGACAGGAGGAGAAGAGAAGUUGUUUCGUCUCAUCCAACACGUGCAGAGUCACAUCCCCAUCCUGUUGGCCACUUUGGGACUGCUACCCUGGACUGAGAGCUUUAAAUUGGAGGGUGGUUGUGGGUGUUUUUAUGUUGUUGUUGUGGUUGGGGCUUUUUUUUUUUUUUUUUUUUUUGGUGUGUGUGUGUGUGUGUGUGUGUGUGUGAGUGUGUGAAUCGUGCUUAGACAAGGUGCAAAUUUAAUCUUCACCAAGAGAUGGCCUCCUCCUUGGGCAGCCACUCAGUGGACCAUUAGACUCGGCAAGAAGACCCGUCUGGUGGCUGUGACUCCUGGGUGCUCUCGUUCAUGUUUUGGGUUUGUUUUCUCUUCUGCCGCUCUUGGCAGCAGCCUGGUCAUCAUCUGCUCGUGGGAGUGGGAAAUGGGUAUUUUAGACCCAACACACAUUCUAAAUUUAAAAUGAGUAAUAAUUGGAACAAAUAAAGGUCCUUGUACCCAGAGUGACUCUGCAUGGGAAAAAAACAAACCGCUGUUUUCAGAGUGUGACUGGAUAGGAGGGAAGAUUCGGAAAUGCGAUGUGGUAGAACAGGUUUUGAAGGAGGAAAAUGUUCUCUCCUGUAAGCGUUAAGAGGAAAUCAGACAGUUGAAAAUGCCUGCUAAUCAAAUGUUUACUCAGCUAACCAUAGGUCCAGGUUGCCGGCAGGGUUUUCUUCAAACAGGAGUGUUGCCUGCUGAAUUUGGAGAACUUUAGACAGCAAGUCUGUAUCCCUUUUUUGCCACAACCAAUAGGACAAUAGCAGAAUUAGCCAAUCCUAAAACUUUCUCAAGACAAUUUUUGAGUGUCCCACCGGGAUGAUUUUUCUUUCUGAUGUGUGUCUUAGUUUAGAAGUGCUAACUAUUUCACAAGGUUUGAGUCCGUGAGGUUGGAAGAUCCCCUAUCUUUUUUUAUUCAAAAAGCACAAUCAGUCUUUUCUUUAAAAAGCUAUAUAAAGUACAACUUGCUCUUAGCAUGAUUAUUUUCCUAAAUAAAAGACAAAGAAUUUACUUAUGUUAAUUACGGGCAUGAAGCAAAAGGUUUCCUUAAAAAAGAAAUUUUUUUUAAAGUGCAGUUAUGUAGGGCUGUGGUUAGUUAACCGUACUGAGUUAUCUAUCUAGCAUUUGUGGCUUGUUGGAGGGGUAGUGUUAACUAUUUAACAUGGAAUGGUGUGCUUUAACUCUUUUCUAGCGCGUUGUCUUCUCAUUACUUUGGGGGAGGGAGGGUCUCUGCUGGCACUAACCUGCUUACCUGCUGAAUUAGCAGCUUGCUUGUGCUAUAACCGUUUAAAUUGUAGGUGCGACUUAGGGUAGGCUUUAAAGUGCUGGGUGGUGAUUUGAGUUCAAACAAUAAAAAAUUGUAUUUUUUCAAUAUUGUAUAAACAAUAGUGUUCUAAUUACCUUUCAAAAAAAAUAAUGUCCAGAUAAUAAUUGCUUUUAAUCUUGUCAAAAAAACAAAAAACAAGCUAGUAGAGCCAAGUUUAGGGGAAUGUGUGUGAGCCACAGCUCUGCUCCCCAACUAGAUCCGCUUUUCGCAAAUAAAAAGACAUCACAGCUCCCCGCCGACGGAGCGCUCUGGCACUGGGAGCCUGGUGGUGUGGAAUUCUCAGACGAAGACGUGUUGGGGAGGUUGCAGGGCUUAAGAAGCAGAUCUGAGUGUCGCAUGGCUGUAGCAUGUGUGCGUGUGUGUUUGUCCAUCCAAGUCUGUCUGAUGAAGAUGUGAUGAGGCUCCCUGUUAGCACAAGGAGGCUCCUGGAAUUGCUACCCAAAUCACGCUGUACCCUCUCAUUCUGUGCAAAUCUGUCCUUUCUGGGCGCUCACCUUGGUCCCGUGCAUGUUUUGGGCUCUGUGUGGGGCUUUCCCUCUCCUCUGAGAAACCGGUUUUUGGUAAGUCGGACAGAAUCCCUUUCUAUGCUAACUUUUGUCCCUUCCUGUACCUGGGAGAGGGAGGCUGGAGGCGGAGACCAUGCUUCUAGGUACAGCGGGAGCUAGAAGGCGGCCUGGCUGUGAAUCAGAGGACUCUGGGCCCCCAGUAAUAGAUGACAUGCAGUAAGGCAGGGGGUGUCACGGCACCAAAAGCUUUUCCAGGUUUCCCAUCAUUAAUGCUCAGAAAAGCACCCAGAGCCCCUCAGAAAGGCUGAACGUUAUUGCUUUUAAAGGUGGUGGUCGUAGGUCGGAGUUGCUUCUGGCAGGUUCCCUCCCUUUCUCAGCGUACCCAUGGUUCAUUUUGAAGUCUUACCUUGUGGUUUGACCAGCGCAAGCCAUCCUUUGCCCCUGUUCAAAUGGCCGAGCUCAAGCUCACGCCAAAAGCGACGAGCGAGGUGGCCGCAGCCCGCAGCACGUGACCGCUGCCGUCCUGCAGCCCCAGCGCGGGGGCCUGGUGGGUUGCAUUCAGUGGUAGCCAGGCUAGAUGCUGGCAGUUUGCUCGUGUGUUUUCAACCUUCUCGCCCUCCCUGAGGUUCCUGUGCGGUUUCAACCAGCAUUUUAUACUAGUGAGAUCGUUACCAGAAGUUGCCGUAUCUGUCUCCAGUACCUAACAUUGUUCUUCCACUUGAGAAGCCGUUCUCAUUGCCAACUGGCUGAUCUAGGCUCCUGAGGAGUGUCUCCCCUCGAAGGAAUUAUUUUCCCUGGAAAUGCUCUCUCAAGCCCUGGUCGGCCUUGGCCUGACACUUGCUUUUUAUUAGGCCUCCUGUUAGGAUGGCUGAGAAUCAUGAAAGACAGGUCCUCUGCUAGCCUUCAUGGGUGAAGUUUCUAGACCCCAGCUUUCUGGGAACUGGUGUUUGAUUUUGAAUGGCAGACGGCCCUUCUAUGUUCUAGGGACUCAAUUAGAAGAGUGAAAGCCAUAACAAAAGUUAGCAAGAGUUCUUUUUUAUUUCAUCAACUUCCUAACUGGGUUCAUAGCCGCCUUGACUAAAAUCAAAUCCUUUCUGAUUGGGCGCAAAGACCUGCAUUUCUCUGGACUUCUGAAUCCAUGUUCCUAUUUUCUCUGGCCACUGAACACCUUGGUGGUUCCGUCAGGGAUUGGCGUGGAGGCCCCUUGGGGAGGGGGAGUUAGCGGCCCUCGGCUGUUCAGGUUCUCCACGCAACCUGAGGAGGGGCCAGGACUCCAUUCAGCAAAUACUGUCUUGGCUGUGGGCUUGGGAAGAAAUGGCCAUUAUUUACUGAUUGUAUUUGGUACAUAUUGUGUGAUACUUGAAGAGAUAAAAGGGACUUACCAGCCCUUAAUUGAAAUCUAAGCUUUUUCUCGCUUUGUUUUUUUCCUUGCCCUAUCUCCCUUCCACCUUUUUCCUUGCAUUGUGAUGAUCUAGCGGGCACUUCUGUCAACAGGACAAAUGCCUCCUCUGACUAUAACCUCUUAAUAGUUGUGUAUAAUGAAAACUGUAAACUUUUUUAAAUAAAAUGUGUAUAUACCUUGGCAAA